AUGGACGGGGAAAUAAAGUUGAUGGAUUUGAUAGACACUGUGAAUGGUAUGAACGAUGUUGAGACUGUGAAGUCUUAUUGUUUGUCCAUAAUUUCUACAUUGCAAAAGGAGUUGCAAAACAGGAAGUCAAGUUUAUCUGACAUUCGCCUUCUCAGAAAUUCUUAUGAAAAAUCUGUUGAAAAUAAUGAAAUUUUAGAUUUAAAGGCUAAACUGAACAAAUUUAGCACCGAAAAUACAAAACUUAAAGAACAACUAAAUUCUAAACAAUUCUCAUCUCAAUCAGUAUUGGGUAGAUAUUUGAUUGAUAAGGUUCGUUUACUGAAGAUUGAGAAUGAUGAGUUAUCAAAGACUCUAUUGGAAAAUCAUAUUCAGCCUUUAUUUAUUGAAUUGAAUAAAGAAAAAGAACUUAACAAAUUAAUGGAAAAGAGAUUAACAGAAUUACACUUAAUGAAUGUCCAAUUACGUAAGGAUAACAGUUAUCUAUCACACAAGUCCAACGAACCCUCCGACUCCAACAGAAAGAGAGAAGAAUCAACGCGUAAAGGCAUGAGGGAUCGUUCAUCAUCAUAUUCUCGUAAUAACAGUCGUUCAAAACGUUCUCUGUCACCUCGUAGAAGGAGUUCUUCUACUGCUAGGAGUUCCUCACCGAAGCGGAAGGAACGUCCUUCUAGACCCUCACCCUAUUCCAAACCCUCUGACAAACAAAUUAAUUAUCGAAGUAAUAAUUCCAACGAUAAAUCGAAAUCCAAACACAAUAAAUCACAUCACUAA